AUGGUUCAUAUUACGAGGGGCGACUUUAUUUGGAUUGAGACAUCAAAAACAAUAAAUGAUCCUUUAAUUUAUUGUAAUGUUAUCGGGGCACGAGUAAUGCAAAUCGAUUCAGAUGGGAUUGUUGUCUUGGAUGAUACUAAUACAGAACAAAUAUUAGAACCUGAAAGAAGAAUUAGAUUAAUGCAUCCAAGUUCUGUUAAUGGUGUUGAGGAUAUGAUACAAUUAGGUGAUCUUCAUGAUGCUGGAAUUUUAAGAAAUCUUUUAAUAAGAUAUCGUGAAAAAUUAAUUUAUACAUAUACAGGUAGUAUAUUAAUUGCAGUUAAUCCAUACAAAACAUUACCAUUAUAUAAAGCAGAACAUAUUAGAAGAUAUAGAAAUCAAAAAAUAGGUGAUCAACCACCACAUAUAUUUGCUAUAGCUGAUAAUGCAUAUGAAUCAAUGCGUAAAAAUAAUAGAAACCAAUGUAUUGUAAUAAGUGGAGAAUCUGGUUCUGGUAAAACUGAAUCAACAAAGCUUGUCUUACAAUUUUUAACAGCUGUCUCUGGUCAACAUUCCUGGAUAGAACAACAAAUUUUAGAAGCUAAUCCAAUUAUGGAAGCUUUUGGUAAUUCUAAAACUAUUAAAAAUGAUAAUAGUUCACGAUUUGGAAAAUAUAUUGAUGUACAAUUUAAUAAUAUUGGUAUUAUUGAAGGUGCUAAAAUACAUCAAUAUUUAUUAGAGAAAAGUAGAAUUGUUUCACAAACUGUUGAAGAAAAAAAUUAUCAUAUAUUUUAUAGUCUUUUAUCUGGAUUAGAUGAGGAAGAAAAAGAAGAAUUAUUUUUAACUAAACCAGAAGAUUAUUUUUAUCUUAAUCAAGGUAGAAUAUUUAUUAAUGAUGGAAGAAAUGAUAUUACAUCAUUAAAUGAAAUACGUAAUUCAAUGAAAGUUUUAAUGUUUAAAGAAGGUGAAAUUAAAUCAAUUUUUAAAAUAUUAAGUUCACUUUUACAUAUUGGUAAUAUUAUAUAUAAUGUUGGAACAUUUAAUAAUAUAGAAAGUGUUGAAAUUAAUGAUUUAUUAACUAUACAAAAAAUUGGAACACUUUUACAAUUAGAUAUAAAAGAUAUUACAUCAGCAUUAACAACAAAAACAUUAAUAAUGAGAAAUGAAAAAGUUAUUUCAAGUCUUGAUGCUAUUCAAGCAUUAAAUGUUCGUGAUGCUUUAGUUAAAGUUAUUUAUGGUAAAUUAUUUUUAUAUAUCAUUAAUAAAAUUAAUGAUGCUAUAUAUAAACCAUCAAUAAAAAAUAAUGAUAAUAUUAAUAGAAAAUCUAUUGGCAUACUAGAUAUAUUUGGUUUUGAAAAUUUUCAAACAAAUAGCUUUGAACAGUUAUGUAUUAAUUAUGCCAAUGAACAUUUACAACAAUUUUUUGUUAAACAUGUUUUUAAAUUAGAACAAAUGGAAUAUGAUUUAGAAGAAAUUAAUUGGAGAAAAAUUGAAUUUAUUGAUAAUCAAAAUGCAUUAGAUUUAUUGGCUGAAAGACCAAUGAGUGUUAUGGCAUUAAUUAAUGAAGAAAGUAUAUUUCCUAAAGGUACUGAUUUAACAUUAUUAUCAAAACUUCAUAUAGCUCAUGGAAAAAAUGAUAAUUUAUAUGUUAAACCAAAAAGUGAUUUAAAUAAAAGUUUUGGUAUCCGCCAUUAUGCUGGUACUGUAACAUAUAGUAUUAAAGGUUUUUUAGAAAAAAAUCGUGAUACAUUUAGUGUUGAUUUAUUAAAUUUAAUUAGUAAAACAAAAUUAAAAUUUUUAAGAAAUAUUUUUGAUGAAAUAAAUUCACAAGAUGUUAAUACAUCAAGAAUUCAACAAACAUUAGGAAAUCAAUUUAGAAAAAGUUUAGAUAAUUUAAUAGCAAAACUUUCAAAUUGUGAUCCAUAUUUUAUUAGAUGUAUUAAACCAAAUGAUUUUAAACAACCAAUGACAUUUGAUAGAGAUCUUGUUUUUAAACAACUUCGAUAUUCAGGUAUGAUGGAAACAAUACGAAUUAGAAAAGCUGGAUAUCCUAUAAGAUAUACAUAUCAAGCAUUUAUUGAUAGAUUUCGUUUAAUACUUAAAACAGUAAAAGAUUCACAAAAAACAGAUAUUAUUAUGGCAUCACAGGCUAUUUGUGAAAAAGCAUUAGGUUUUAAGGCUGAUUUUCAAUUAGGAAAAACAAAAAUAUUUUUGAAAGAAAAUGAUGAAUGUAUAAUAGAGAAACAUAAUGAUUCUAUGAUGAAUCAUUAUGCAACAAUUAUUCAAAAAACAAUAAAAGGAUUUAAACAAAAAAGAAAAUUUGAAAAAGAAAAAAAUGCUGCAAUAUUAAUUCAAGCACAAUGGAGAGGAUAUAUUCAAAGAAAAAAAUAUAAAAUGUUAGUUCAAGGAUUAUUAAGACUUCAGGCAGUCCUUAGAACAAAAACAUUGACAAAUCAUUAUGAAAAACAAAGAAAUGUUUUGAUAAAUUUUCAAGCUGAAUGUAAAAAAUAUUUACAUAACAAAUCAAAAAAUGAAAUUAUUAAUGAGAAAAGAAAAGAAUUAUUGGAUGAGAUGAAUAAUAAUGAAAAAAUAAAUAUUAAAGAAAAUCCUUAUCAGGUUGUUGAAGGAUCAUUAGAUUAUGAUGAUAGUAAAAUUAUUGAUCAAAUAUUUGGGGAAGAUUUUUCAGGAGACUCAACAUAUGGAAGUAAUGAUGAUAUAGAUUCAUUUGUCUUACCCUUAACAAAACAAAUGUUUAUCAAUGAAAAUUUAUCAAAUUAUCAAUUUUCAAAAUUUGCUGCAACAUACUUUAAUUCAGGAAUUAAUGGAGAACAUUCAACAAUUAAAUUAAAAAAAAGUCUUCUUCCUCAUGAGUCAUUAGCUGAUGAGGUUGCCAGUAUGGCUAUAUGGACAAUGAUAUUAAAAUUUAUGGGAGAUAUAGAUGAUAAUAAAAAUAAACCCACUGCUACAUAUGAUAGUGUUCCAAUAAUGACACAAGUUUAUAAUACACUUCAAAGAAAUACAAAAAAUAAAAAAAUAAAUGAAUUUUUAAAUGAUAGAAGUGGUAGUAUAUCAUCAACCAGUGAUACAUUAUCAUCAUCAUCAAGAAAAGGUAUUGAAAAUUUUGGUAAAAAAUUAAUUUCAAUGACAUUAAGAAAAAAAUCAAAAAUUAGUAAUAUUAUACCAAAUUCAAAAGAUGGUACUGAUUCAAUGGAUAAUCCAUUUGAUUUUUAUGGUUAUACAAAUAUUCUUGAAAAUAAUUUUACAACAAAUAUGGAUAAACUUCAUUUUAUUAUUGGUCAUGGAAUAUUACGUCCCUCAUUAAGAGAUGAAAUUUAUUGUCAAAUAUGUAAACAAUUAUCAUUUAAUGAUAAUAGAAAUAGUUUAGCUAGAGGAUGGAUAUUAUUAUCAUUAUGUGUUGGAUGUUUUGCACCAUCAGAUAAAUUUAUAAAAUAUUUAUAUUGUUUUAUAAGACAAAAUGGUAUGGUUGGUAAAAUUAAUUAUGGACAAUUUAUUGAAGAAAGAUUAAAUAGAACAUUAUUUAAUGGUACAAGAUUACAACCACCAAGUUAUGUUGAAUUACAAUCAUGUAAAACUAAAAAAAAUAUUAUUCUUGCUAUAACAUUUAUGAAUGGUAAUGUUAAAACAUUAAAUGUUGAUUCAGCUACAACAUCAAAAGAAUUAUGUUUAGCAUUAAAAGAUAAAUUAAAUAUUAAAGAUUAUUUUGGUUUUUCAAUAUAUAUAGCAUUAUUUGAUAAAGUAACAUCAUUAGGUUGUGGUAAUGAUCAUGUUAUGGAUGCUAUUAGUCAAUGUGAACAAUAUGCUAAAGAAACAGGUAGACAAGAAAAAAAUGCUCCAUGGAGAUUAUUUUAUAGAAAAGAAAUAUUUUCACCAUGGUUUUCAUCAAAAAAUGAUACAAUAGCAUGUGAAUUAAUUUAUCAUCAAAUUGUUAGAGGUAUCAAACAUGGUGAAUAUAAAACAAGUAAAGAAGAUGAAAUGGCAUCAUUAAUUGCUAGGCAAAUUUUUAUUGAUAAUGAUGGAACAAGUAUUAAUAUUGAUGAUAUUGAAAAAUGUAUAGAAAAAUAUAUACCAGAUUAUGAAAAAUCAUCUUAUGAUAAAGAUAAAUAUCUUCAAAUGACAUUACAUGCAUAUAGAAAACAUUUUAUGAUGAAAUGUAAUUCUAAUAUAACUGUACAAGAUGUUAAAUCAAGUAUUGUUGAAACAGCAAAAAUUGAAUGGCCAUUACUUUUUAGUAGAUUUUAUGAAGGUUAUAAAUUUACAGGAGCACCAUUAUCAAAAAAUGAAGUUAUUAUAGCUAUUAAUUGGACUGGUUUUUAUAUUGUUGAUGAUAAAGAACAAAUUUUACUUGAAUUUAGUUUUCCUGAAAUUGUUAAUGUUACAUUAACAAAUAAUCCAUUAAAAAAAAAUAAAGAAGGUGGUAUUAAUACAUUAAUGAAUAAUUGUUUUACAAUACAAACAAUUUCUAAUACAGAAUUUACAUUUCAAUCACCAAAUUCAGAUGAUAUUAAAGAUUUAAUUUUAUAUUUUUUAAAAGGACUUAAAGAUAGAUCAAAAUUUAUUAUAUCAAAAUGUGAUAUAGAUUCACCAGAAUUUGUUCAAUGUAAAAAAGGUGAUUUAUUAACAAUUCUUAAUGAUGUUAAAGGAAAAGAUUUAGAAAAAAAACAAUUUGUUUAUGUUGAUAAUGAUAGUACUGGUAAAAAAGGAAAUGUUCCAGUUGAUAUGAUUUAUGUUCUUCCAACAUUAACUAAACCAACAAUGGGAUUAAUUUCAGUUUUUGCUUCAGAUAACUCAUUUUAUGAUAAUGAUAAUUCAAAUAAUCAAAUUGCUUUAGUAUCAUCAUCUGGUUUGGCAUAUGCAUAUGAUUUUUAUGAUUUAACUUCUUAUGCUAAAAAUCAUUUUAAAAAUGAGAUUAAUUCUCAUGGAUAUCCAUUAUGGAAAUAUUCUAGAGAAAUGAUUAAACAUCCAUUAUUAAAAAAAAUUGAAAAUCGUCUUGAACCAGAAAAAGAAGCAAUGAAAUGUUAUAUGGCUAUAAUGCAAUAUAUGGGAGAUUAUCCUGUUGAUUAUCAAACAUCAAUGACAAGUCUUACAAAUAAUAUAUUUAAUGGUCCAAUGAAAUAUGAAAUAUUACGUGAUGAAAUUUAUUGUCAAAUUAUUAAACAAUUAACAGGUAAUUGUAAUAAUUUUAGUUCAGAAAGAGGAUGGGAAUUAUUAUGGUUAUGUUGUGGUUUAUUUCCACCAUCAAAUUCAUUACAAAAAGAAGUUUUUGCAUUUUUAAGAAGUCACUUAAUGCCAAUAGCAAUAGAUUGUUCCAAUCGACUACAAAAAUCAUUAAAAGUUGGUAGUAGAAAAUUUCCACCUCAUCAGGUUGAAGUUAGUGCUGUUCAAAAUAAGACAACACAAAUUUAUCAUAAAGCAUUCUUUCCUGAUGGUACUUAUGAAGCAAUUGAAGUUGAGUCAAUGUCUAAGGCAAAAGAUUUUUCCCAUCGAAUUGCUACUAGACUUGGUUUACAAUCAAUUGAAGGAUAUUCAUUAUUUGUUAAAGUUGGUGAAAGAGUUCUUUCAGUUCCUGAAAAUGAAUUCUUUUUUGAUUUUAUAAAUCAAUUAUAUGAAUGGAUUAAAAAUAAUAAAUAUUCUUUGACAAUUUCAAAAUCAAAAACAUCAAAUGACUCACCAACUGCAGAUGGUUAUCAAGUAUAUUUUAUGAGAAAAUUAUGGAUUAAUGUAAAACCAGGUGAUGAUAUUAAUGCAGAUAUUAUAUUUCAUUAUCAUCAAGAACUUCCUAAAUAUCUUCGUGGUUAUCAUACAGUUUCAAGAUCAGAAGCUAUUUAUAUAGCAUCACUUUUAUUGAGAUCUCAGACUCGUGCAGAUUGUCAUCCACCAUUUAAUCAAUUUAAUCAUAUUAUUAAUGAUUGUAUACCAAAAGAUAUGAUAAAAGAUAUGACAAUAAAUGAAUGGAAAAAACAAAUUAAGGAUGAAUAUAGUAAAAUAGAAGGUAUGUCACCAGAUGAAGGAAAAAUAAAUUUCCUUAGAAAUAUAUCUAAAUGGCCAACUUUUGGUUCGGCAUUUUUUGAAGUAAAACAGACGUCAGAUUCAAAUUUCCCAGAAAAAUUACUUGUUGCUAUUAAUCAAUCCGGUGUUAAUCUUUAUAAUCAAAUAACAAAAGAAUACUUAAUAACAUAUUCCUUUAGUCAAAUAAGUAAUUGGAAUAUUGGAAAUACAUAUUUUACCUUAUCAGUAGGUGGAAUUAUGAAUGGUAACCGUGUUUUAUGGGAAACAACAUUAGGUUAUAAAAUUGAUGAUUUAUUAACUUCAUAUAUUAAGUGUCUUAUAUCUAAUAAUCCAGAAAAUCAGACAGCAGCUAUAACAAAUAUCACUAGAUAA